AUGAAGCUCGCUAAUCACUUAACAGGGGACAUCGUUUGUCUUGGGCCCUCGUCAAUGGUUACAAUCCGCGACUAUCCAUCGAUGCUGAAGGAAUACAAUGAGAAGCAGUAUGACAUUGGCGCAUAUUACUAUGCAAAGGACGGCGAGCUUGUUUCAGGUCCCAUUGGGAUGGAGUGGAAUCGCGAGGGCAUUGCGGAACACGCUGCUCUCCCACUCCGGGUUGGAGGCUUCAUAUCUCGUGCAGACCUUUCCGAUAUGUUCUACGGCCAAGUCAAGAGACUCGGCAUCGAUAUUCGCUUCGAAACGGGGGUGGCAAGCUACGAAGAGACCUCGGAGAACGCAACUGUCGUAACCCAGGGCGGGGAACGCAUCAUGGGAGAUGUUGUCAUCGCCGCCGAUGGGCUCAGCACCAAGUCUCAUGCUAUGACGAUUGGCCAGCCAACUCGUGCGGUUCCCAGCGGCUAUGCCAUUGUUCGGGGCAUGUAUCCGGUUUCUCUGAUUCAGGACAACCCGAUUAUCAAGCAAGCCCUGCCCAAGGCGGGACAACACCCCUUCACGUGUUUGUACACUGGUAUAGGAUGGAUGCGACCGGAUGAUGGGUCGGCUGAUGAGAAUUGGUCAACUACCAUUUCCAGAGAGGAAAUCGCUGCCAAGAUGGACGCUGACUGGGAUCCCUUGGAUUUGGAAUGCAUGAAGAAUGUACCUGAGGGAACGCUCAUCGAUUGGAAACUGUGCUGGAGGAACCCGCAGCCCUGCUGGUCCUCUAAGCAAGGCCGCAUCAUCCAGAUUGGCGAUGCCUCCCACAGCUUCAUCCCCUCGUCCGGCAAUGGUGCUGUCAUGGCUAUCGAAGACGGCCUUUCUCUGGCCGAAUGUCUGAGACUGGGACGCAAGGAGGGUAUCUCCAAGGCGGUCAAGGCUCACGAAAAGCUCCGCUAUCAACGCGUUGCCUUGAUGCAACGUGUCGGAUUUGUCAACGGGCGAUUCGUCCAUCGGGACAUGAGAGAUGUCAAUAAGGAGGAAAGAGCCCCAUUUUGGACUGGCAAGUGGCUCUGGGCGCACAACCCUGAGCAUUAUGCUCGUGCAAACUUCCGUGGCGUCGUCAAUGCCAUUGAGUCGGGUGCCGAGUGGACAAACACCAAUCUGCCGCCCGGGCAUAAGUUCGAAACCUGGACCAUGGACGACGAAGUCAAGAAGGACAAGGCUGGUAUUCACUAUGACAGCCUGAAGUACAACGGAGACUGGGAGGCAAUUUAA